GGUGCUGUUUUCAAUCAAUAAAUGGAUACUUAGAUUAUCUAGAUUAAUAUGGAAUUUUUUUUUUUAAAUUCAUACGUUGAAUUUUGAUUUAAAGAAACAAGUGGUCGGAAUACACUAUUUAUAUGAAGUGAUGUCGGAAAACGCUCUCAAACAAAUGCAAAAUGGCAGAUGGGACGCAUACAAAGAAAAGUUUGAAGAGCAGAAGACGCGAAGGGCGAUGGCUCGUAAACUGCGUAUCAAGUAUGAACGUCUGUGCGCGAUGCGCGGUUCGUACCCGCUGACGGCCGUGUGCGAGCAGCUAGAGGAAGACACAUUCGAUAUCGGCGGCCAGCACCUCGGGCCCGCCCACUGGAAGAUCGUUGCCAUUAUUUUACUGAAGGCUGAAUGGCUAACUGGCCUGGACGUACGGGACAACUGUCUGGGUACAGAGGGCGCUUUCACCAUCGCCGAUUUCGUCAGUGUCAAUCGAACGCUUUCCAAGCUGAACGUUGCUGACAACGGUAUUGGAGUUGCGGGUCUGAAGGCGCUGGCGUCUGCAGUCAUUGACAACGUGCUUGUGACGCAUCUAGACCUCUCAGGAAACGAAAUAUCGGAUGAAGGUGCAAAGCCCAUUGCUGAAAUUAUCGAAGCGCGGACGGGUCUGAUGGAGCUGCGAAUGAACCACAACUGUGUUCGGGAGGAAGGCGCCAUCGCCAUCGGGCACGCCCUUGCUCAGAAUGAAAAUAUAACGUCGCUAGACCUUAGUUGGAACCACGUUCGCUGUAAAGGUGCAAUAGCUCUUUCAAAUAGUCUUAAGACGAACGAGAGCCUACGGACGCUUGAGCUGGCGUGGAACGGGUUUGGGAAGGAGGGCGCGGGCGCCAUGGGGGAGGCCCUGGCGGAGAACGGGACGCUACGCGCACUCGACCUCACCAACAACCGCAUAGACGGCAACGGUAUGGCGCUCCUCAUGCUGGGCCUCCGCCAGAACGACACACUCGAGUCACUCAAGGUUGGUCAAAACCCAUUCAACAGUGACGUGGCGAAGCAUUUGCUACUUAUUUUGGAGAAGGCAGAAAACAGUGCUAUUACACAUUUAGAAAUGUCUGAGGUAGCUGUGGACGAGGAGUUUAUGGAGGUGCUAGAGCGGCUGUCAGGGAGGGGCCACCUGCACGUGAAGCACGGGAAGUUCACUCGCAAGGUACCCGUUAAGAAGUACGUGCCACCCCCGCCGCCACAGCGCGACCCGAUCACCCAGAUGUUUGACUACAAGUACGAGCGUGGAUACCGGACGCUUGACCUGCUCAUGCACUUGGACAAGGACAACAAUAUGGUCAUCGAUCGAACGGAACUAACAGACGGCCUUAUGGAGAUGGGUAUCGAGGUUGCGGACGAGGACAUCGAUGACCUGAUGAGCAAGCUGGACGCCAACAAUGACGGCAGCAUCGACUAUAGGGAGCUGGUUGAGGGGGAGAGGGAAUACGGACAACGGGAGGGCCGCCACAUGCACAUGGACACUAUGAUGAAGAUCCGCUCACUUGCUAAGGCAAUGAUGAAGUUUCAGUUCAAAAAGAGCGUCGCCGCCGCAUUAGUAGAGAAGCAGGGCGACACGGACGCGACUUCCGCAGGCGGCAAUACAAAGGGUGGCGGAUUGAUUGGGACUCCGGAGAUAGAUAAAACCAAGACUUAAUGACUUCUUGUAGUUUUUUAAAAGUAUAAACUUAAUAAGACGAUCGGUUUACUUUUUAUACUGGCAUGGUUACUAAUUUUGCAGAUUUUCUACAGUAAACUGUAACAAAUACAUGCAUACGGUAUGCAUGGAUUAUAUUCUACAAGAUAAUUAAUGAUUUCCAUGAACCAUACGUUCAA